AUGUGCAAUACAAAACUCCACCAAUUUCUACAGCAUCUUCCAAAAUGCGAACACCACGUCCAUCUCGAAGGAUGUCUCACGCCAGAACUCAUGUUCGAUCUGGCAGCCCGCAAUGGAGUCUGCCUACCCGACACAGAUAAACGACCAGAGUUCACCUCUCCUGAGGCUUUGUAUGAAAGAUAUGAACGCUUCACCUCUCUUGACGAUUUUCUCAGUUACUACUUUAUCGGCAUGUCUGUACUCCAGCAGCAAAGUGACUUUGAAGACUUGGCUUGGGAAUAUUUCCAAAAAGCGCAUGCCGAUGGCGUCCAUCAUGCGGAGGUAUUUUUUGAUCCGCAAGAACAUCUCAACCGAGGUGUGCCCUUUGAAACUGUUGUGAAUGGAUUCGUUGCGGGCUGUCAACGAGCUGAAACGGAAUACGGAAUCACGGCGAAGCUCAUUAUGUGUUUUGUCAAGCAUUUGCCUGCAAGUGAUGCGCAAAAGGUGUUUGAUCUUGCGGUUGAGGGCGGUCAUUUUGAGUCCGGCGCACUACACGGCAUUGGCGCUUCUUCUUCUGAAGUUGGUCCGCCAAAGGAUAUGUUCAAGGAGAUUUAUGCGACAGCACAUUCAAAGGGGAUUCGAAGGACUGCCCAUGCCGGCGAAGAGGGUGAUCCAACCUAUAUCGAGGCUGCACUUGAAUCAUACAAGUCACAACGAAUCGACCAUGGCAUCAGACUAAUCGACAGCCCCCAAUUAAUGGAGCAAGUCGCCCGCGACGAAAUUCUACUCACCGUCUGCCCCGUAUCAAACGUCAAACUACGAUGUUUCGAUCAUAUAAGCAAAGUACCUAUCCGGACAUUCUUGAACGCCGGCGUCAAGUUUUCGAUCAACAGUGAUGAUCCGGCAUACUUUGGGGGGUUCAUUUUGCACAAUUAUUGCAGUGUUCAAGAAGCGUUUGAUUUGAGUAUUGAGGAAUGGAGGACGAUUGCGGAAAAUAGUAUUCAUGGAAGUUGGGUUGAGCAGGAGAGGAAGUUGGAGUUGUUGAAAAGAGUGGAUGAGCAUGUGCGGGCACACCAGUGA